AUGGCCUUAUUGUUCUUCUUCUUUGUUUCCAGCUUAGCUGCAACCACAAAGGGAGAAAUCAAAAAAGAAGACCGGGUGGCAGUGUUGGCUACUGCAGAGCUGCCUGCUAAAACACUUGAUCUGGCAGCAUUUAACCUGACUGAACUGGUCAACGGGAUGUUAAGUACAGCUCUCAAAGGCAACAAUAGGUUCUUCUCUUUGCUGAGUAUUACAUCAUACAGCUCAUAUGCUUUCCAUAAGGUCUCCAUAGUCAUCUACAACAUAUCCAACUUGAAGAAUGUUGACCCCACUAAGUUCCCCAUGAGAUACUGCUAUUGCCUAAACAACAGAACAAAUGAUUUGACAGAUUUCACAGCUUUGCUCGUUGAUAUUGUUGGAAACACCACCAGUUAUCUGACUGAAAUCUUCAAGUCGACUUCUAUUUUGUCUGUCACCCAGAGUAACGACACAGACUGCGUCUAUAUUUGCGUUAUGUCAGGUCGCACAGGCAGAAAUGUGUCCGAAUUAUGGGAAGCAAUUGAGAAAUCUCCAGUUAUUAAUUACACCUUUUCUGGUAAUGUGUCUGAUCUCUUGGGAUGCCCACAGACAAUGAAGAAAGGGAGCUCUGUGACUACACCAUCCGUCCCGGUUCAGAGGAUAAACCCUUGUGUGAUGGAGCUGUGCAAAUUUUAUCAGCAGUGCCUUUGUUCAAGGGACAGAAGCUACUCAAGAGAAGAUGCUAUAAGGUUCUGCAUUGAAAACUAUUCUUGGUUCUGGAAAAAUGCAAUGUAUGUUUGUGAAAAAGUCAAAAGAACAGCUUAUUCUAAGACUUUGAAGCAAAAAUGCCUUGCAAGCAUUUGUCGAUCUAUUUGA